GCUUCCCUGCUGGCCCAGCGCGGCGGCGGCGGCGCGCAGGGAGGAAGGAGCGAGCGGGCGAGCGAGCAUGGAGCCCGCCUGAGGAGCCCGUGGGCAGGCGCUGCCUCGGCGGCACACUCAACAUGGAGGCGAGGCGGCGGGGGCAGGGGCCGGCGAGGGCCGCGGGGCUGCCGCUCUGGCUGCGGGGGCUGCUCCUGGCCGCCUGGCCGCUGCUCCUGCGCUGCCCCGCGGACGCCGUCGCGGCAUCUCCACUGUUGCUUUUUGCUAACCGACGAGAUGUUAGACUGGUGGAUGCUGGAGGAGUGAAGGCGGAGUCAACAAUUGUCGUCAGUGGCUUGGAAGAUGCUGCUGCAGUUGACUUCCUGUACUCUCAAAGUGUUAUUUACUGGACAGAUGUGAGCGAAGAAGCCAUCAAACAGACUUACUUUAACCAAACUGGGAAUCUGGUGCAAAAUGUCAUCGUUUCAGGUCUGGUUUCUCCAGAUGGUCUGGCAUGUGACUGGAUUGGUAAAAAAUUGUACUGGACAGACUCCGAAACAAACAGGAUAGAAGUUGCUAAUCUCAAUGGAACAUCUAGGAAGGUUCUCUUUUGGCAAGACCUUGACCAGCCAAGAGCAAUAGCCCUGGAUCCAGCUCACGGAUACAUGUAUUGGACAGACUGGGGUGAGACACCUAGAAUAGAGCGGGCUGGAAUGGACAGUAGUGUUCGGAAAAUAAUUGUGGAUUCUGACAUUUAUUGGCCUAACGGACUCACCAUCGAUCUGGAAGAACAAAAGCUUUAUUGGGCAGAUGCAAAGCUGAGUUUCAUUCACAGAGCAAAUCUGGAUGGCUCUUUCAGGGAAAAAGUUGUGGAAGGUAGUCUCACUCACCCAUUUGCUUUGACGCUGGCUGGGGAUACCCUUUACUGGACAGACUGGCAAACCCGCUCCAUUCAUGCCUGUAACAAAAGGACAGGAGAGAAAAGGAGAGAAAUACUAAGUUCGCUGUAUUCACCGAUGGACAUCCAGGUUUUGAGUUCUGAAAGGCAACCCUAUUUUCAUACACCCUGUGAAGAUAAUAAUGGUGGCUGCUCCCAUUUGUGCCUGUUGUCUCCAAGAGAUCCCUUUUACAGCUGUAACUGUCCCACUGGAGUCCAGCUUCAGGAAGACGGCAAAACAUGCAAAGCAGGUGCUGAGGAAGUGCUCUUGCUUGCCAGAAGAACCGAUUUACGAAGAAUUUCAUUGGACAUGCCAGAUUUCACUGACAUUAUCCUGCAGAUAGACAAUAUCAGGCAUGCUAUUGCCAUAGACUAUGAUCCGGUUGAUGGUUACAUAUAUUGGACCGAUGAUGACGUCAGAGCCAUUCGUCGGGCCUUCCUUGAUGGAACUGGAGCUCAGACAAUUGUAUCAACAGAAAUAGACCAUCCUGAUGGUAUAGCAGUGGACUGGGUGGCCAGGAACUUGUACUGGACUGACACUGGUACAGAUCGUAUUGAAGUUACACGGUUGAAUGGGACAUCAAGAAAAAUCCUAAUUUCCGAAAACCUAGAUGAACCCAGAGCAAUAGUGCUCAAUCCUGUGAUGGGGUAUAUGUACUGGACAGACUGGGGUGAAAAUCCAAAAAUUGAGUGUGCUUAUUUGGAUGGUUCUGAGAGGAAAGUCCUGGUGAACACUUCUUUAGGGUGGCCUAAUGGUUUGGCAUUAGAUCUUGAAGAAAGCAAACUUUACUGGGGAGAUGCAAAGAUUGACAAAAUUGAGGUAAUAAACCUAGAUGGAACCAUGAGAAAAACUCUCAUCGAAGAUAAGCUUCCCCAUAUAUUUGGAUUUACAUUGCUGGGAGAUUAUAUCUACUGGACAGAUUGGCAGAGACGAAGCAUUGAAAGAGUUCACAAGAUAAGGGCAAGUAGGGACAUUAUUAUUGAUCAGUUGCCAGACCUGAUGGGCCUUAAAGCAGCAAGUGUCACCAAAGCUGUCGGAACAAAUCCAUGUGCUGAGAAUAAUGGAGGUUGCAGCCAUCUCUGUUUCUUCACACCACAGGAGUGCAGAUGUGCCUGUCCUAUUGGCUUGGAGUUACUUAGCGAUAUGAAGACCUGUAUCAUUCCAGAAGCCUUUCUUGUUUUUACCAGCAGAGCUGCCAUUCAUAGGAUUUCUCUUGAAACAAAUAAUAAUGAUGUAGCUAUUCCUCUUACUGGUGUCAAGGAAGCCUCUGCACUAGAUUUUGAUGUAUCUGACAACAGAAUUUAUUGGACAGAUAUUAGUCUAAAGACGAUAAGCCGAGCUUUCAUGAAUGGAAGUACAGUAGAGCAUGUGAUUGAGUUUGGGUUGGAUUACCCUGAAGGAAUGGCUGUAGACUGGAUGGGGAAAAACCUUUAUUGGGCAGAUACUGGAACCAACAGAAUUGAAGUGGCACGCCUGGAUGGUUUAUAUCGGCAAGUUCUUGUGUGGAAAGAUUUGGACAACCCAAGGUCUUUAGCUCUUGACCCAUCUAAAGGGUACAUGUAUUGGACAGAAUGGGGAGGCAAACCAAAAAUUAUUCGGGCAUAUAUGGAUGGUUCAAACAGCAUCACCCUCGUAGAUAAAGUGGGACGUGCUAAUGAUCUUACAAUAGAUUAUGAAGAUCAGAGACUUUAUUGGACUGAUCUGGACACAAGCAUGAUUGUUUCAUCGAAUAUGCUAGGGCAAGAGAGGGAAAUAAUAGCUGAUGAUCUACCUCAUCCUUUUGGACUAACUCAGUACAGCGACUUCAUAUACUGGACAGAUUGGAACCUUCACAGUAUUGAAAGAGCUGACAAGAUAAACGGGAGAAACCGGACACUAAUCCAGGGCCGUCUGGAUUUUGUGAUGGAUAUAUUGGUUUUUCAUUCAUCACGACAAGAUGGCUUCAAUGAAUGUGUGCAAAGCAAUGGCCACUGUGGACAGUUGUGCCUAGCUAUACCAAAUGGUUACACAUGUGGCUGUGCAUCUCACUACACCUUGGAACCGAAUGGCCGGAACUGCAGUUCACCCAGCAGCUUUCUGCUAUUCAGUCAGAAGUCUGCAAUAAGUCGGAUGAUACCAGACGACCAACAGAGUCCAGACAUCAUCCUUCCCAUUCAUGGUCUAAGAAAUGUCAAGGCUAUAGAUUAUGAUCCCUUGGAUAAAUUGAUAUACUGGGUUGAUGGACGUCAAAAUAUCAUUAAAAGAGCCAAAGAUGAUGGCACUCAGCCAUUCACAGUCAUGGGAACCCCCAACCAAAGCCAAAAUCCAGAAAAGCAGCCACAUGACCUGAGUAUUGAUAUUUUCAGCCACACUUUGUACUGGACUUGUGAAGCCACAAAUACCGUCAAUGUCCAUAGACUUAAUGGAGAGCAGAUUGGAAUUGUGCUACGAGGAGACCAUGACAAGCCAAGGGCCAUAGUAGUAAAUGCUGAGCGAGGAUACAUGUAUUUCACCAAUAUGCAAGAACGAGCCCCAAAGAUUGAACGCGCAGCCUUGGACGGCACAGAACGAGAAGUGCUUUUCACUACUGGCUUACUCCGGCCUGUUGCACUAGUGAUUGACAACAAACUUGGGAAGCUUUUUUGGGUGGAUGCAGAUCUCAAACGAAUCGAAAGCUGUGAUUUAUCAGGAGCUAACCGUGUGACAUUACUAGAUUCCAACAUUCUUCAACCAAUGGGUCUGACAGUGUUAGGAAAUCACCUUUAUUGGAUUGACCGCCAACAGCAGAUGAUAGAAAGAAUUGAGAAAACGAAUGGCUACAAGAGGGCAAGAAUACAAGGUCGAAUUGCUCAUCUGUCAGGCAUUCAUGCAGUUGAAGAGAUCGAUAUGGUAGAAUUCUCUGCCCAUCCUUGCUCCCGGGACAAUGGUGGAUGUUCACACAUCUGUAUAGCAAAAGGAGAUGGAACUCCUCGUUGCUCAUGCCCAGUUCACUUGGUGCUUCUACAGAACCUGUUAACAUGUGGAGAGCCUCCAACGUGUUCUCCAGAUCAGUUCACAUGUGCAACAGGGGAAAUAGACUGCAUCCCGAUGGCGUGGCGCUGUGAUGGAUUCUCUGAAUGUGAUGAUAAGAGCGAUGAAGCUAAUUGUCCAGUCUGCUCAGCAGACCAGUUUCAGUGUCAAAAAGGGCAAUGUAUUGACAGACGCUUGAGGUGUAAUGGAGAAAUUGAUUGUCAAGAUAAAUCUGAUGAAGCUGACUGUGAAACAAUUUGUCACCCAAAUCAGUUUCGAUGUGCCAGUGGCCAGUGUGUUAUCAUGAAACAGCAAUGUGAUUCUUUUUCAGACUGCAUUGAUGGCUCUAAUGAACUUGCAUGCGCAAAAAUUAAACCAUCCUUGGAUGACUCUCAGCCUCACAGUAGUGCUAUUUGGCCCGUUAUUGGUAUCAUCCUUUCCAUUUUUAUCUUGGGAGGGAUGUACUUUGUUUGCCAGCGAGUGGUAUGUCAGCGCUAUGCUGGGCCCAAUGGACCUUUUCCACAUGAAUAUGUCAGUGGUACACCUCAUGUCCCUUUAAAUUUUAUCGCUCCAGGGAGUUCUCAGCAUGGCACUUUCACAGGCAUCUCUUGUGGAAAAUCUAUGAUUAGCUCCAUGAGCCUUAUGGGAGGAAGUAGUGGUGCACCUCUUUAUGAUAGAAACCAUGUAACCGGGGCCUCGUCUAGUAGCUCAUCCAGUACAAAAGCCACUUUCUAUCCACAGAUUCUGAAUCCACCACCUUCACCAGCCACCGACCGUUCCCUUUAUAACACAGAAAUGUUCUAUUCCUCAAACAUUCCAUCAACAACAAGAUCUUACAGGCCAUACCUGAUCAGAGGGAUAGCUCCACCAACCACUCCCUGCAGCACCGAUGUAUGUGACAGUGACUACACAACAAGCCGGUGGAAAGCCAAUAAAUACUAUAUUGAUCUCAAUUCAGACUCAGACCCCUAUCCCCCACCUCCUACUCCCCGCAGCCAGUACAUGUCGGCAGAAGAGAGCUGCCCGCCGUCUCCGGCCACGGAGCGAAGUUACUUCCACCUCUACCCUCCUCCCCCAUCCCCUUGUACAGACUCUUCAUGAUCUCAGCAGAAGGAACUUUUCUUUUAUUUCUCCUGUAAAUAUAUUUUAAAUAUGAACAAAGAUUUUUAAAUAUAUAUUUUAUGACCUGAAAUGGGGUGGGAACUUUUAAUAAUGUGAAUAAAAAUGGGUGGGCCAGGGCUGUGAAAAUUGUACAGCAAAAGAAUAUUUAUAAGAUGUGUUUUUUAACUUAAUAUUCAUUCUUUUGUGCCAUAUUUUGCCUUUGCAUUGAAGUCACACAAUUUAAAUUGACCUCCAAAGGAGGCAGUAAGUGGGGAAUAUAUACUGAGAGCUUUUUGAAAUCACCAUUUUGAUUCAGUAAAGGGGAAUGUGGGGUGGUUUUUUGUGGCUUUUGUUUUGUUUUGUUUAAAUAUCAAAAAGAGGAGUAAGUAAUACUGUGUGAAUGAAAGGGAGUGGUGUUUAAAUACACGCACAGGAAAUUCACAAUGUUUGUUUUAAGGGAUACUUGAUCAUAGGUAGUUAACCACAAAUAUGCACUUUCUUUUGGAAGGCUGAAUGCAAAAAGAGGCCCCUCCUGUUGUAUUUAUUCCAUCACCAUUUGCUUUCCAAAAGAAUCGGUGCCUAAGAAAGCUUGCACUCACUUUAUCAUUCAGUACAAACCACUCUUAAUAGGACGAAAUGAGCAUGCAAUCCCACUGGGCAUCUUUACACAAAAACUCCCUUUAGGAUUCUGACAUCCUCAAUAUAAUAUUUAAUUGGAAAAGUUAGUGAAGCUUCCACUUUUUUGCGGAAGCCCAUACAUUCAGUUUAGCAGUUGUCAAGAGGUAUGUAACCAUGGAACUCGUGAUUCAAAUAGAAAUAGAAAAAUCAAAAAAAGUUACCACUAUUCAUUGUCAUGCUUUUCUGAAAAGUCACUGUCGUCCUGAGACAAAUUAGCCCCCCUGGUCUGUGAGUGCCAGUUGCCCACGGCACUGUGUCCCCCAUUUCUAUCCCCAGGAACCAUUGUGUUAAAAUUCAGAGUUUAUAAUUUUAUUUACAAGAAAUGGGACAGCUGAAUAAAAAUGUUUUGGUUAAAA